UAGCUUAAUCGACUAUGAACAUGUACAUAGUCGAUUAAGGUUUCAGCCACAAAUAAACCCAAAAUCGGCCUCCACAUCGUCCCCACACCACCCAGAGCUUCUGCCAUGGCCGAACCCGUCAUAUUUUGAGCAUGUUCAGCUCCACCAAUUAAGAAAACUAAUUUAAUUUAAUUUAAUCCCAAUCCUAAAUUAACUUAAUCCCAAAAGCAACACCAGAAUAGAGAAUAUAACUGAUUAUAUUCAUUCUUUAUUACUACUUUAAUUUUCUGUGUUCGUUUUCAUUUCUAUUUGCUAGAGAGAGAAAGUUAGAGAGAGAGAGAGAGAGAGAGAGAGAUUGAUGUAUAGAAAUGGCGGGUUACGAACAUCAGCAAGGCUCCGGCGGCGGUGGUAAUUCUUCUCGCUACGUUCAUCAGCUUCUCACACCACCGACGGACCUCCACUUGCAGCAGAGGCCGCCGCCGUUGCCUUCUUCUCGUCUUGAAAUUCAUCACGAGCCGUCUGCUAAUUCCAAGGACGACGACGCCGCCGCUACCACCAGCUCCGGGGGUACUCCCUCCGCCAACCGCCGCCCGCGCGGUCGUCCUCCGGGAUCCAAGAACAAGCCCAAGCCCCCAAUUAUCGUCACGCGCGACAGCCCCAACACGCUCCGAUCCCACGUCCUCGAAAUCUCACUCCAGCUGACGCGUGCGCGGAGACGACGGCGGCGGCGGCGGCGGCGGCAGAAUCCUCCUUACUCUCCUGUUGAGCUUUCUCCUGUUGAGAUUUCUCACUAAUUUGUGUGUGUGUGUGUGUGUGUGUGUUUAUGUGUGCGAGAGAAAGAGGGGAGAGAGAGAGAGAGAAAGAGA